UGUAAAUAAUCUAUGUGGAGUUGCGUAUUUUUCCCUAACAAAUUUCAAGCCGCAGCCGGGGAAAUAAUUUUUGAAACGCUACUCAACAAGAAAAAGGUGGAGAUAUUGGAUCAUGUUUGGGGGAGGUGGUGGCAACCCGCCACCCUACCCCUUUCCGAAGCCUCCCAGCUCAACUACAGGCAGUGAGCAGCCACCUGCAUCAGCUACCACAGUGUUUGGCCAGGCCACAGGUGCUCCCGGAACUUUUGGCCAGCCCAGCACGCUAUUUGGCCACACCCCUACCACCGCUGGCUGGGGUGCACCAGCUGGCUCCACCCCAGCACCAGGUGGUGCAGUGUUUGGGAACAACCAGAGCAUUGGAUCCAAUCCAUUUGGCCAGCAACCUACUCCCAGUGCAGGAGCACCUACAAGCAUGCCAACAUUUGGAAGUCAAAAUCAGCCACCUUCAAGCUCAUCUGUGUUUGGACAGUCAGAAUCUUCUGGGGCAGCCUUUGGUCAGCCACCCAGUACUGCUGCCCCAGCAUUCAGUCUAUCAGCUGGCACUACUUUUGGUUCAGCUGCAGGCCCAGGUUCAGCUGGGUUCCAACCAUCAACUGCACCAGUGUUUGGUGCCACUCUGGGGACAAGAAAGUCUUCAAGUGAAGCCAAGCCUUCUUCAGGAGCUGCACACUCAGUGGCAGCCUCCACAUUUGCUGAUCAGGCUGGUUCAACAAUACGCAGCCUGUUUGGAGCUGGCGGCACUGACAGUGCCAGCUCAGCGGCCUCUGCAGGCACCUCUCUGUUUGGGAAGGGUGCUGGUGGUGCAGAUCCUGCUGGUGGCUCGCUGUUUGGGAAGGCGCCUGAUGGUGCUGCUACUGCAGAUGGUCCCUCACUGUUUGGAAAGGCCCCUGGAGCUGCAGGCUCCGCCACUUCAUCAUCUGCUGCAGGUGCCUCACUCUUUGGUAAAACCACUGGUGGUACCGGUCUGUUCGGCAAACAAAAGGCAGCGUCAGACUCUGGCGUGGAUGCCCCGCCUGCUGCACCAUUGUUUGGAAAGACCUCGAGUGAAACAACGGGUCUAUUCGGCAAACCAAAGCGGACGCCGUCAGCGGACACGGAUGAAACGGACGCCGGCCCGCUGCCGUCCUCGCGGCCCACCGGAGCUGCACCUGGCCUGUUCGGAAAGACCGCCAGCGGCGUGGACUCGGCGGGCGCGGGAGCACCCGGCCUGUUCGGGAAGGCGGCGGAGGGCAGGUCGGCGGGCUCUGCUCCCGCUCUGUUCGGGAAGGAGGGCGGGUCGGAGCCGGCCGCUGCGCCCUCCUCCGGCCGGCUGCGCUCAGUGUUCACCCAGCCGGACGGCCCGGCGCCGACCAGUAAGCGCCGUCCGGCCACCAGCCUGACCGAGGCCAGCCGGCGCUCGCUGGCCCGCACCGGACUGUUCGGCAAACCGCCCGAGGCCCGCACUGUCGCCAAGUCGCCAGUGACCGGUCCGGCGGGCCCGCGCGUGCAGCGUCUCAGCUCUGCCGAGGAGCUGCAGCAGGUGACCUCACUGCUCUGCACUGACGUGCCCGAGGGGAACAACGACCGAACCAUCCUCACCAGACACUUCUCAAAGUUCGGCCAGGUCGUCAAAGUCACUUGCAACAAGGCCAAGAACACGGCAUCCAUUCAUUUCGCCGAUCAUGCGGCCGCCGACGCCGCCAAGAGGCGCGGCGCGCGGGUCCACCCGAAGCUGCCGCCGAUGAGCCUCUAUUUCCGGCGGCCGGUGAAGAGCGCGGCGGCCGAGCCGGCGCGCCGCCCGCUGCCGCCACUGGACGAUGACGUCUCGGAUGAGCUGCGCAACAUGGCCGGCACUGGCGACACUCGAGACCCGCCUCGUCGCGCCGAGCUGCCGCCGGAACCCAAACCUCGCCGUGCCGAGGCGCCGCCGGAGCCCAAGGCUCGCCGUGCCCCUGCAGCCGCCACGGCCACCGUUCCGGCGCCCUCUGCAGUCCCGGCGGCAGCGGCGGCGGCGCCCGCGGCGGCUGUGAACGUGUCCGAGCUGCGGGCGGUGCUACGACAGCCGGCAGCCUCGGCCAGCGACCGCUUCAGGGUGCUGGACGCCAGGGACAAACUGCAGCGGGCAGCGCUGCGUCGCGAGGGUCCGGCUCGCUCCGGCCCUCUGGUCGGUACCUGCCCCGACAUGUGUCCUGAGAAGGAGCGAUACAUGCGAGAGGAGAAACAUCAGAUCAGCGGCCAGUACGAGCGGGACAGAGACAGGCAGGGCGGUUUCGAGAUGGACCACCGUCUGGCGGUGAAGCAGUACUCUCGCAGCUCUGCUGACCAGGAGGAGCCGCUGCCGCAUGAGCUGCGCACACCGGCCGCCCUGCUGCGCACCAUGGAUUACCUGGUGACACACGUGACCGACGCCGAGACGCGCGACACCGGCGACUGGUUCCAUUUCAUCUGGGAUCGGACUCGCGGCAUCCGAAAGGACAUCACCCAACAGCAGCUCACCGACCAGGUCUCGGUCGGACUGGUGGAAAAGUGCGCCCGCUUCCACGUGCACUGCGCCGCCGCGCUCUGCGAGCUCUCUCGUGAUAUGUUCGACCAGAAGAUUAACAACGAGAAUCUCACCAAGUGUCUGCAGACUCUGAAGCACAUGUACCACGACCUGUCCCUGAAAGGGGUCCGGUGUGAGCGAGAGGCCGAGUUUCGAGCCUACGACAUCCUGCUCAACCUCAACCAGGGAGACACCCUCAGGGAGGCGCAGACGUACAGUGACGAGGUCCGUGAGUCCCCGGAGGUGCAGGCGGCGCUCCGACUGUACGUGGCGCUCUCCUCAAACAACUACGUGCGCUUCUUCAAGCUGGUGCGCCGCGCCGGCUACCUGGCCUCGUGCCUGCUGCAGCGCUAUUUCAACCAGGUCCGCACGCGCGCCCUGGACGUCAUCACACGCACCUACUGCCCGGCCAAGGCGGUCGUCGAGUUUCCACUGACACAGCUGCAGGAAAUGCUCGGUUUCGAGAGCGAGCAGGAGUGUGCCUCAGCGCUACGCCAGCACGGGAUCGAGUCCGAGGAGGGCACCGCGUUCCUCGAGCGGGUGCAGUUCCAGGUGCCCGACACACCGCCCGAGCUGCGCAGGUGUCCGACGCUCAUCGACGCCAAACGAGAGUUGAGCAUCGGCCAGGCGAUCCAGGGCGGCCCGCUGCCGGCCGAUCCACUACCCUCCUACCGCCCGCACGACAGUUUCGACGCGCAUGGCGUGCUGCGCCGCACGGCUUGGGACGCGCAGGACCAGGGCGGGGUCGAGCCGGCCGCGGAGGCCGCUCCGCCGCCGGCUGACGACGGCGAGCUGGUGACUGAGGUGGUGGUGGAGGAGACCCGCCGGCAGGCCGAGCAGCUGCUGGCGGCCGCAGUCGCGGCGCGCCAGAUGUGCGCUCAGCUCUUCCAGGCGACCGUGGACGAGGUGGUCAAGGAGAUGGUCAGGAGCGUGAGUCAGUUGGAGCUAGCGGAGGCGCGUCGACUCCAGGAGGAGCAGAAGCGGCUCCAGGAACAGAGGAGACGGGAGGCCGAGGAGCGGCGCGCCAGGGAGCUGCAGGAGCAGGAGCGAGCCAGGAGGGAUCAGGAGAUGAAGGACCGGCUCAGCUCGGUGCUCACCGAGACGCUGAUUGCCGAGGUGUGUCUGGACGAGACGGCCGAUAUUGCCGAACAGGAGAUGCUGAACGUGCAGGCCAAACACAGUGCGGUAGCCGUGAUACACCUGCGACUAUGGACGGAGGGAGCUGACCGGCUGGCACGCCGCACCGCGGAGGAGGUUCUGGCAGAGUGCCGCCGCCAGAGACAGGCACUCAUCCAGACACUCACAGAGAUCGGUCACCGUCUGACCCUGUGCCGUAUGCUGGACCGCUGGCUGUUAGAUCAGGUCAUAUUGUGA